AGUCGGAAAGGUGUGGUGAAUUAAUAUUACAAAUUCGAAGGAAACCAAUGAUCUGAGUACUGAAUGACGUCGCUAAUAUAAUACAAAAUUCAAUCUCUACUAAAUCUCACUGUCAGUACAAAACCGUAUCGUCAAAUUUGGAUUAGGAAAUUUGUGUGACGCGAUUAAACAGAAGAUGCGGCACUUGGUCAUGUUAAUUGUGGUUGUUAUGGGAAUGGACGUAAUAUGUGUAUCCGGAAAGUCUUUCCAGUUUUCGGAAAGCGUUCAAAACUUCGGAAAAACAUAUUUAUGCAAAACUGAUCACGACAAACAGGCGUUCCAGCGGGCAAUAAUGGCCAAGGCCUGUCCAUCAUCCGAUAUGAUGAAGAAUACAGGCGUUGAGAAUGAUUCCCUCAUGACGUUGAUGGUCGAAACACUUUGCAAAGAUACAGGUGGCUGGCUCGAGAAGUGGGUGCUCAAAUACGUGGACUAUGAUAAUGAUCAGACGAUAUCCUCUUAUGAUAUAAGGUGGUAUUUCCAAAAAAAAUAGUGAUUUCACCGAACCAUAAACAGUGCAACUUCCAUUUGGAUUAUAAACACCCCUGGUCUUGUUUUACUUGGUUUUGGAUUGGUGCUGAACCUAUUCUACACUCGUUUUUUUU